CUUCUCCAAAGUUCCUGAUGAAAAGAUAAGCAGAUGCUGUAGUGUCAGACACCCUCCUCUAUUACUUGUAGCUGGGCAGCUGUUGACACGGCCAGAGCACUGAGAGAUAUCAGGUAUUGAUGUAACUGGAGUGAAUAAGGGAACCUUCUUCCUGAGCACAGACAUUCGAGCCUGUUAUCAGCAUGAGCUUAUAUGUGUUAGAAAAACACUUGAAUAGUUCAUAUCCAUCAUUCACUACAGGAAGCAUCAGAAUGAUACCGCAAACUCCAAAAACCUUAGAUACUUAUGACUAUUCACAAACAUUGGGGAUAUCACAAAAGAUAUUAAAAGAAGAUGGUGAAUCGGCAGUAACUGGGCAGCAAUCACUAUGUACAGAGAAUAAUUUAGUCAUUAAACGAGAGGAUACGAUUUACGACUUAUCUAGUGAAAUGAUUAUCCCUGAGGAUAAACCACACACAUUUACUGAGUUUUCAAAACAUAGUAAAAAAGGGAAAAGUCUACAGUCUAGCCAAAUGAUUCAUACAAAGGAGAAACCUUUCAAAUCUAUAGAAUGUGAGAAAAGCUUUAGAUGGAAGUCUCGUCUAUUAGAGCACCACAAAAUUCACACAGGUGAGAAACCACACACAUGUACUGAGUGCGGCAAAUGUUUUACACGAAUGGAUCAUCUGAAAAGUCAUGAAAAUAUUCACACAGGUGAAAAGCCAUUCACAUGUACAGAGUGUGGAAAAAGUUUUGCACAAAAGAAUAAUCUGAAAACUCAUGAAAGGAGUCACACAGGGGAAAAGCCUUUCACAUGUACAGAGUGUGGAAAAUGUUUUACACAAAAAAGUAGUCUGAAAACUCAUGAAAUGAUUCACACAGGAGAAAAACCUUCCACAUGUACAGAGUGUGGAAAAAGUUUUACACGAAUAAGUAGUCUAAAAAUUCAUGAAAGGAGUCACACAGGAGAAAAGCCUUUCACAUGUACAGAGUGUGGGAAAUGUUUUACACACAAAAGUAGUCUAAAAAUUCAUGAAAGGAGUCACAAAGGAGAAAAGCCUUUCAAAUGUACAGAGUGUGGAAAAAGUUUUACACAAAAGAGUGAUCUGAAAUAUCAUGAAAGCAGUCACACAGGAGCAAAGCCUUUCACAUGUACAGAGUGUGGAAAAAGUUUUACACAAAAGAGUGAUCUGAAAUAUCAUGAAAGCAGUCACACAGGAGAAAAGCCUUUCACAUGUACAGAGUGUGGAAAAAGUUUUACACAAAAGAGUGAUCUGAAAACUCAUGAAAGGAGUCACACAGGAGAAAAGCCUUUCACAUGUACAGAGUGUGGGAAAUGUUUUACACAAAAGAGUGAUCUGAAAAAGCAUGAAAGGAGUCACACAGGGGAAAAGCCUUUCACAUGUACAGAGUGUGGAAAAAGUUUUACACAAAAGAGUGAUCUGAAAUAUCAUGAAAGCAGUCACACAGGAGAAAAGCCUUUCACGUGUACAGAGUGUGGAAAAAGUUUUGCACAAAAGAGUAAUCUGAAAACUCAUGAAAGGAGUCACACAGGAGAAAAGCCUUUCACAUGUACAGAGUGUGGGAAAUGUUUUACACAAAAGAGUGAUCUGAAAAAGCAUGAAAGGAGUCACACAGGGGGAAAGCCUUUUACAUGUACAGAGUGUGGAGAAAGGUUUACACAAAUUAGUAAUCUGAAAACUCAUGAAAGGAAUCACAAGGGAAGAAACCUUUCACAAACAUUGGGGAUAUCACAAAAUAUAUUAAAAGAAGAUGGUGAAUCGGCAGUAACUGGGCAGCAAUCACUAUGUACAGAGAAUAAUUUAGUCAUUAAACAAGAUGAUAAGAUUUAUGACGUAUCUAGUGAAAUGAUUAUCCCUGAGGAUAAACAACACACAUUUACUGAGUUUUCAAAACAUAGUAAAGAAGGGAAAAGUCUACAGUCUAGCCAAAUGAUGGAUACAAAGGAGAAACCUUUCAAAUCUAUAGAAUGUGAGAAAAGCUUUAGAUGGAAGUCUUGUCUACUAGAGCACCACACAAUUCACACAGGUGAGAAACCACACACAUGUACUGAGUGCGGCAAAUGUUUUACACGAAUGGAUCAUCUGAAAAGUCAUGAAAAUAUUCACACAGGAGAAAAGCCUUUCACAUGUACAGAGUGUGGAAAAAGUUUUGCACAAAAGAGUAAUCUGAAAACUCAUGAAAUGAUUCACACAGGAGAAAAACCUUCCACAUGUACAGAGUGUGGAAAAUGUUUUACACGAAUAAGUAGUCUAAAAAUUCAUGAAAGGAGUCACACAGGAGAAAAGCCUUUCACAUGUACAGAGUGUGGGAAAUGUUUUACACGAAUAAGUAGUCUAAAAAUUCAUGAAAGGAGUCACACAGGAGAAAAGCCUUUCACAUGUACAGAGUGUUGGAAAUGUUUUACACACAAAAGUAGUCUAAAAAUUCAUGAAAGGAGUCACAAAAAAGAGAAAAGCCUUUCACAUGUACAGAGUGUGGAAAAAGUUUUACAUAAAAGAGUGAUCUGAAAUAUCAUGAAAGCAGUCACACAGGAGAAAAGUCUUUCACAUGUACAGAGUGUGGAUUUUUUUUUACACAAGAGUGACCUGAAAAUGCAUGAAAGGAUUCACACAGGGGAAAAACCUUUCACAUGUACAGAGUGUGGAGAAGGGUUUACACAAAUUAGUAAUCUGAAAACUCAUGAAAGGAUUCACAAGGGAAGAAACCUUUCACAUGUUUAGAAAGUGGAAAAAAGGUUUUUAUUGAAAUCGGGUAUCACAAAACACCAAAUAUUUAAACACAAAUAAACUUUAUAUACAGAGUGUACAAACCUCUUUACAAUUAUCCUAAAGAGGACAAACUCUCUAAAUAGAAGCAUCAAAAGAGAUGUUAUUGUAACUAAUACUUUCUAAAUCCCAGUUAUAAAAGACCCAGAUUGGAAGUGCUCUCCUGCUGUCCUUUGUUCCUCUAUAUAUGUGCACCUCAGUUUCUCUCAUAUAAAUGUGAUAGAAUCCAAACACCACACAGGAAUAUACAAAUCUGUCCUCAUACUGACCAGUUUACACAACCAUUCACCACCAAAGCACCCCCAGUGUUGUUUAUUAAUAUGCCAGUGUAAGGAGUUGUACAUUUGAUUUACAUAGGGGAGAAAAUAAUUAUAUUUACAGAAUAAAGGAGUCUUUAUAUGAAUAGAGUGUUAGAGAAUUAUAUAAAGAAGAACAUCAGUCUUAAAUGAUUGACAUCUGGGAGAUAUAUUUAAUGUGCACAUUAUGUGGAUAAACCUUUUCUUAUAGCAAUAGAUGCUUAGCAUUGUACAUGUUAUUUACCAGAAGAAUUACUGAGGGGAAACUGAUUUUAUUUAACGAGACACAAUAUCAGUAACCGGUACAUAUGUGAUCAUAAUCAGUUUAAUUUAAAUGGCUACUAUAACCUACAUGUAUACUGGGUAUGUAAUAUGUGUGUCAUGUUCUGUAACUUGAUAUUAUGUCUUUUAGAUGUUUUCAUGUUAGUUAGAAGCCACAAGAACUGAUAAUAGCACACACUGUAUAUAUAAAGGGAACAUUAUAUAUCUGAUGAAUCCCUUUGUAGCAAGAGCACAAGUGUUAGGUAUAUUUAUACCAUUGUGUGCAUAUAUCAUGUAAUGCUGCUUUUUACUAUAUAAUGAUAUACAAUGUUUUUUCCAUGCAAAUAAAAAGUGAUUGUAAUCCA